AUGACGACAGAAGCAAGCGGUGGCCUCAGUGUGGGAGAAGCAUAUUGCGUGAAACACAACGUGCGUUGUAUGGUCGAUUAAUAGCAAUGUAACCGUUUGAUUCGCCACUUCUGUGGACCAUUGUAAUAAAAUCGUAAAGACAAAUAGUUAUGUUUUAAAAAUUGGUACGGUGUGUAGUCCACGUGUUAUUUAGCGCGUAGACAGAUAUUUUGUAAAUGUUGACAUUUGAGUUAAAACAAUUAUUUUAUAGUUCGGUGCCCUUUUAAACAAAUGUGAAGUAUCCCUGGGAAAAAUAAAUAAAUCGCGUUUUUGUUGAAAUGUACUGAAUGAAAUUAAAUCAGUCAUUCGCAGUCCCGACGCUCGCUUUAUGUCGGAACUGGAGACAACCUGCCAGAGCACCCGCAACAUUUUGAAACCAGAUUUUCAUAGCUGCUUAAUGCUUUUCUGAUAUGUGAGAAUGACGACUUGCUGCGUUGUUGCCCGGAUUUUGCUGAUUCGUUGAUUAUUUCAGCGCAGACCCAGGUGUUCGUUACUAACAGGGCUGAGACAGGUGAACCAACGGUCUGACGAUCGGUUCGCAAACACGACCCGGGCUGCUAUUCAAGUGUGCAACAAUUGCUUUUUGUCUGUGGAAAUGAAUGGAUUCCACGCUGUUUUCAAUUGCUGUCAUGAUAACUGACCAAAGACACAGGGGGAGGAUGACUACGCCAGUUAACGCGACGAAGCGGGCAAGGACAGUGAUGAAGAUGAAGAGGUGGCAGUCAGCAUGGACAAAGACCGCUUCAUGGAUGAGUUCUUUGAGCAGGUGGAGGAGAUGCGGGGGUACAUCGACGCCCUUGCUGAGAAGGUGGAGGAGGUGAAGCGGAAUCACAGCGCCAUCCUGGCCGCGCCCAACCCAGACGAAAAGACGAAGGCGGAACUGGAGGAGCUGAUGACCGAUAUUAAGAAGCUGGCUAAUAAAGUGCGCUCCAAAUUAAAGAGCAUACAGCACAGCAUUGAGCAAGAGGAGGGCCAGAACAGGUCAUCAGCCGACCUGAGAAUACGCAAAACACAGCAUUCCACUUUGUCUCGUAAAUUUGUGGAAGUGAUGUCAGAAUACAACGCCACCCAAUCAGACUACAGGGAGCGGUGUAAGGGGAGGAUCCAGCGCCAGCUUGAGAUCACUGGCAGGAACACCACCAAUGAGGAGUUGGAGAGCAUGCUGGAAAGUGACAACCCUGCUAUCUUUACCUCUGGGAUCAUCAUGGACUCCAACAUCAGUGAGCAGGCCAUGAACGAGAUCGAGACGCGGCACACCGAGAUCAUCAAGCUGGAGAACAGCAUCCGCGAGCUGCACGACAUGUUCAUGGACAUGGCCAUGCUGGUGGAGAGCCAGGGGGAGAUGAUCGAUCGUAUUGAGUACAAUGUGGAGCACUCGGUGGAUUACGUGGAGCGGGCGGUGUCCGACACUAAGAAGGCGGUAAAGUACCAGAGCAAAGCGCGGAGGAACAUCGGGAAAAUGCCACAGUUCUGCCUCGCUGCCAGGAUUCUGGAACGUCAGGCGCUGCUAGAAUUCCGGAAUGUCGGGCGCUGUCAGGAUUCUGGAACGUCGGGCGCUGCUAGAAUUCCGGAACAUCGGGCGCUGCCAGGAUUCUGGAACGUCGGGCGCUGCCAGGAUUCUGGAACGUCGGGCGCUGCCAGGAUUCUGGAAUGUCGGGCGCUGCCAGGAUUCCGGAACAUCAGCCACUGUCCGGAUUCUGGAGCAUUGGGCAGCAGAUGUGAUUCUGGACGUCAGAUGAAGAGAGGAUUCUGCUGCAACCGGAAGUCAACUGGCCACUUUCUUAUGCCGCUUUAUUAAAUAACUUUUAACCUUUAAAAAUUAUUUUUAUUUUUAUUUUUUAAAAGCUAUCUUGCAUUACAGGAUUAUUUUUACCCCCUCAGACUUGUGUGUGGCCUCCGGGUCGCAUUGGCUGCCCGUCCAUCUGUAACCACAUCUGUAAUGUAACCGGAAGGUUCCAUUACCCAUCUCCCUCAUGCUGGAAAAGGCACAAGAUUCGCAGAUGACCUCAUCUGUCUUCUGGGCCACAUGAAUUAUUGAAGAGAGCAACCCCCAUGCCAUGCCCCCACCCCCUCACUCACCCUCUCACCCACCAUCACCCAGACAUCACCCAGCCAGCGUAGACUAGGCAAUGCUGCCACCUUCUGGUUGGCAUAUGAAUUACUGCGCAGAACAAUGAGCUCAGGCAAUGACGGGUUUUACCCACCUACAGCAAUUAAUGAGAAAUCGCUGAUUGUCAAAAAUAGAAUGUUAAUAUACAGGAACAGUUCUUGCCAGGAAUGACACGUUCUUCAGAUAAUGGAAUAGUUUCCAGAUUGACAGCAUCUUUUCAGCAGUGCAUCGUUUUCUAGACAGAAUUACAUAAUACAACUGAAGAUAGAUUAAGGAUGGAUCUGUGAAAAGGUGAUCAAAAUUAUUUCCACCACCUGAAAAGCACAAUGGCUUCUCCUAAAUGCACUGUGUUGAGUCGUCUGUCUGGGUAAGAUUUCUCUGAGCCAAAUGGAGCACUCUAACAGGCCAAAGCCCAGUACCUGCUCCAGACGUACCUGACCCCUUAGAGUUUUAGGGUGAGUUCGGUUUAAUUUGGUCAUCUUGGGAAAUUAAUUUCAAUUCUAGUUUUAACUAACGUUAGAUAGAAUAGAUAGAACUGUGUGGCCAUGUCUCAGCGGCAGUGCUUUCUCAGAUUCAGCUCUGCAGUGGGGCUGCCGGUCACUGUCUCUGUCUGCUGGAUUUCCACCCCGCAGAAGAUGAUCUGCGUUGGGAUCUGCCUGGCUGUGGCGUUAGCCAUUCUCAUCAUUGCCCUCGCUGCCGGACUCAGCUAGCCGGCCACGGGCCAGCCUGCAAGACCACAGAAAUGUGGAAAAGGCAAAUCGAUCCGACGGGUGGAUCCUGCCUGGGUCCCUUUGCCCCUCCCCCCUACCCUUGAUUGGUCUUCGGAGGUGAUGACGUCAUGACACGUGUCCGCCCAUCCUGCUCUCGCCCAGUCAACGCAAGCAUUCAGCUGCAAUUAACGCUGCUGCUAAAGAGGUUUAACCAAAAACCCCACGGAAUGUGGGAGGAGCUUUGGAACUGGACGGAAUGUGGGAGGAGCUUUGGUGAUGAGGUCACCACACAGAAGGGCUGAAGAGACUCUCUCAGUCUCAAUGUACUGCACGUGUGUCUUUGGGAAGAGACUUGAGAUGUCUGUACCAUGCUUAUAGACAUGGCUGCUGUUCUCAAGGCCUCCAGAUGGUGAUUGCACAUUGAAAUGCCGCAUGUUGAGAUAUCUAUCCCACAUUGUAAUCUGUGGUCUACAGUGAUUAUGGAUAUAGGAGGUCAGUGUUAAUGGCAUGCAGAAGAAAUCCUUACCCAGUGUGCACUACUGCAGGAAGAUGUCCUGACUAAGUGCAAAGGAUUGCAGGAGGAAUUCUGCCCAAGUGUACAUUUUUGCAGGAGGAAUUCUGUGAGGAUUUUGGAAGAAUCGUGCUCGUUUCCAGUCCGCGUUUGUGCAGAGAAGCACGUGAUUUUCCUCUGCGUGUGUGUGUGUGUGUGUGUGUGUGUGUGUGUGCAUGCUUUCGUGUCCUCUACUGUGGAGCAGUUGUUGGCCUUGCUGCUGUUUGCUGAGAUUGCAAGUUAACAAAUUGCACAUGACUGUCCCAUUGUGCAUGCUUAAGUACACACACCAACAACCAAAAUGUGUAAAGAACCACACCUAAUACACAUUCGCAUCCUUUCAAAUAAUCAGUCCAUCAAAUACCAGCUGAUAAAACAAUGGGUCUUAGGCUGGUUUUUUUUCUCACACUCAAAAUAUGAAUUUCAGUAUGAGUAUAAAAGUCCAUUAAUAUUUGUUAAUAAUGUGUUAAAAUGUGCCUUUUCUCUCUGCUUCUCAUGCUGCCUGGAUAUUUUUGUUAAUUUUUAUUUUUCUGUUUAUUUAAUUGGAUCUUUUAUAUUUCUGUUAUACAGAAGAAAAUUAUGAUUAUUCUAUGCUGUGUGGUGUUGGGAAUUGUUAUUGCAUCUAGUGUUGGUGGAACUUUUGCUUGAGCGCACACACAAACAUACUGUACAAACAUGUACACAUGAACAUACAUGUACAUUAACGCACACGUAUGCACCCAUGCAUGCGCACACACUUUUUACACACACACACACACACACACACAUACAUACAUGCAGAUACACAUACACACAUACAGACUCUCACACAAUCACAUUCUCUCUCACGCACACACGCACACGCACACGCACACACACUCACACACACACACACUACUCACACACACACUCACACACACAAUCACAUACUCUCUCUCUCUCUCUCUCUCUCCCCCACACACACACACACACAAUUGCGCAUAUGCAGCAUAAUGUACUUAAGCACAAAGUGUGUUACGCAGAAUGAGGUCUGUUACAGAGAGGAAGUGAGGAGUCUGUGUUACGCAUGAGAUCCUGUUCUGUAAACGUGUGAUUCCACAAGUGUGUUUGCCUGAGUGUUGAACGUUGUAAUAUGACAGCUUUGAAAAUGUUUUCAAAGUUUUAUUUUUAUGGGGGUUGGGUGUUCUAAAAAAAAUGUAUGCUUUACAGUUGCAUUUCAACUUAACUCUUGCAAAAUAAAUAUUCUCUCUUUCA